CACUGAUAAAUAGGUUAUAUUUUGAUUUCGAUUGGCAACUUUGGAUACGUUUCAAUAAUCAAAAUGGAUUUAAAAAGUAGAGAGGCAUUCUUUACAGACUUUUUCUUUAAGCCGACAUUUAACACAGACGAGUUCCUGUCGCAAUGCACACAAAAAGCGGAUUUACUCUCUGUCCGAAAGGAAUUGAAGGAAUACGGUUCAAAACUAUAUUCCAUGAUGGUAGAUAUUUUAAAGACUGAAACAGAAGGGAUUAUAAACUUGGCGGAAAAUCUGACUCAUUUGUCGGUGACAAUAGACGAACUUUCCUCCCCAGUGUCACAAUUAUGUGAAGAAAUUCGGAGCUUACAUCAUGCUAUUACCAGUGCCAAGAUGAAUUUUAAAGACCACUUAAACAAAGUUGAAUCCUUGGCUUAUGAAAAGAAUGUGUUAAAUUUAAAAAUCGCAAUUUCAUCGUCAUCUGCCUAUAUCGAUCAAGUAAUAUUAUCAUGGGAAAGGGACCCUGAUGUGACCACUUUAGAAAGAGCUAUUAACGAAUACUCUUUUCAACACCUGCAUUUGAAAGAACUACAGCUUGAUGCCGUGGUGCUUGGAAAUAGUGGCGAAAAUUUGGUUGUCAGACUUGUGCAGUUGGUCAACGGGGUAUUUCUAACUGCUUUAAAGGGACAAGAUGAGGUUCUGAUAGUGCGUUGUUUGAGAAUGUACGUGAAUUUGGUUAAACAAGAUGCUGCGAACGAAUGCGUACGUAAACAUGUGGCCGCGCCAGGCUUACGUUCAAUAUUCACGCAAAAAAACUUGGAUCGUCAUGGCCAAGAUGUGAAUGAGCUUUACAAGCAGGCGGUUAAGUUUUUGAAUGAGGAAUUCGGCGUAUUAUUGGGUGUAUUGCAAAGAAAUGCAGACCUACGAGGGUUCAAGUUCAUUUUGGACAGUUAUUGGGUGGAAGUCGACGAGCAAAUACGUAAUAACCUACCCAACAUUACCGCACCCGGUAAUCCCGAAUUAUUUCAAAGGCGUUACAAAGACACUUGGAACUUUUUGCACCAGAUAUUGCGUAUGUCUGGAGAUAUUACAACAAACCAGUCACUGCACGACCAUAUGAAACGUUUUAACUUGCCCGUAUAUUUUGAGAUUGUCCUGCAACAGAUUUCUAUUAAGUUUGAAACGGAAAUGUUGAUUGAGCCCACGACUUUUAGUGCGGCAGAAUGGAAACAGUUGGCAAGUGGACACGAGUCUUUCAAGUUGAAAUUGACAGAAGCCCUUUGGAUUGGUAUACAGCAGUGUUUCAACGAAUCUGUCUAUUUAACCCAUCUGGUCGAUCAGUUUUUUAAACUAAUGAUGUUAUUGGUGUCUCGAUAUAUGACAUGGUUUAACGGAUUUUUAAACAAAUGGAGAGGGGCGGCAAGCUCCAACACAGAGGAAUUGGAAAAAUUUAUAGUAUAUGCACUGAUGGAUAUAAAGAAACUGGUAACCUUGCUGAGCCCACCGACAAACAUUACAGAUUACGACAGUACAAUAUUUAAUUUAGUUACGCCUGACGUGCGUCCCUAUCUGUCUAAGAUACUAAAUAUACAUGUAACAAUGUUAAAUAAGUUGUGCUUGAAAUUACAAAAGCACUUAAUACACUUCAAAGUACAACAAGGUGCUGUACAUCUUCAGCAGGUGACAUCCAUACCACGCCUCUAUCGAAGGACAAAUCGGAAUGUGCCUCAGAAACCUAGUAAUUAUGUGCUGGUUACAGUAUCACCAAUAAUAAAACUUCAUGAUAACUUCCGCACCCUUAUGGAAGAAGGUAUUGUAAAUGUACUCGAUGGAAUUAUAGGUGAACUCGCCGCUCAGUAUUUGUCUUUAGUCCAAGAAGUAUUACAUUCGGUGUGUAAAACUGAGGAAUCUCUUCGUCGCUUGAAAAAUCGAUCUCUUAACUUUGUAGAUGAAUCAGCCGGUCAAACAAGUGGAGAUGCCACAUCUGAUGAGGCAAAAAUUCGAGAACAAAUAAAAAUAGACGUAGGAUAUUUUGUAAAUGAAUUGAAUCCAUUUUCAUUGGCAGGAAGUCAGCAGAUGUUACAGCGUUUGCUUAAAGAAUCGUCACGUUUAGAUCACAAGUAAAACUAAAUACAAAUACACUUUGUACCUUAUUUAUACUUUUAUAAAGUGUUCUUUCGUUGCCAAAUAUAUGAACAUGCCUAAAGAA